GUUCAAGACGCCGCAAUUCUGGGCGACGGCCGUGGCAUCUGGCAUUUUCCGCUUCUGCGCUGCCCCUUCGUUUCGUCUCGAAGUGCAUCACAUCAACUGGGUGAUCCUUCUGGUCAACAUGCUUUGCCUAGCGAUAGGCUUUGGCGUCCCUCGGCAGCUCUUCCCUGUCUUGGCAGUGGGGCGAGUCUCCAUCGGCGUCUUCUCGCCGGAGCCAGUGCAGGUGUUGGGGCUCAAUGCAGUUCUGUCACCGUGUUACUUUAUGCUGGCCUGGAGACAAGAGCGUACCUACGACGCCACCAGUUUGGCCAGUUGCAUUAUUGCAGAGCUCUUCGUCCUUCUGCAACUUGCGCUCAUCCUGUUGAAGCUGCAGGGCAAUCUUCAUGAGCUGGCAGCGACAGUUCGGACGGAGUCGCGACUUUGCGACGUGGAGGCAUCGGGGUUGGCUGCCCGGAAGCUCGUCACUGUCACUUGUGAUGCUUUCGUCCGGCUGACAUCUUCGCUUACGAUCCUGGAGCCUCAUCAGCGACUAGUGGACAUGCUGGGUGCGAAGAAAGAAGCUCUCGAGGGCCAGUCGUUCAUGAACUAUGUCAGCUCCAGUGAUCGAGCUCGUCUUCGUGACCAGAUUGACACGAUAUGCCAGUCGGAUGCCCCAGCAACCUCGUUGAGCUUGCGACUCAUGGAUGCAGUCGGCACCGCCCUCGACACACGCAUCUACCAUGUCUGCAUGCGGAAUCCCAUGACCGACGUGAUGGAGCAUUUGAUAGGCAUCACCGAGGUUACACAGGAGCAGCAAAGCAGCCGUGUAGCCAGCGAGUACAGCGGCUCCCGUCACGACUUGGCUUCCGCAGACAUGAGGUCCUUCUCCCUGUGGGGUUGCAGCGUAAGGGCUCCCUCUUUGUGCAGCAGGCAGCAAGGACUGCCGUUAGGCUCGUGCCAGCAAUUGCGAAACUUGGUUCGCCCAGCUGGCAUCGACGACAACGCUGCCGACGAUCAAAAGCUCGGAAAGCUUACAGGGCAGGACGGCCCCUCACAUCCUUGCAACAAGCAAGAUUGUGGAAGCACCACGGAUCCGGACUACUACGUCUACACAUGGGAGGCAAAGCACAAUGGCGACAACAAGGCGGACAGCAAUAUGCUGGGGGAAACAGUGGACAGUUUGCCAGAUAUUGGCGUGGUUCAUGGCCCAAAGCCUCCCAGUCUACAGCCUUCCCAGCCUACGACCGACGGAGACCUGGCACCGAACAUGCCACGGAAGGCCGAGCAGAAGGUGUCCUCUAUCGAGAAGCAGAUACAAGACAAGAAAAAACAGUGGCAAACAUAUCUCGAGGACAUGAAGACGGCAUGGUUGAAGGAGUCUCAGAGACAUGCCAAAGCUCUGGAAACGCUACAGGACGAGCUGGUCAAGGCCACCAGAGCACAGGACGCAGCCCGCACGGAGUUGCGGGAUGUUCACCAGGCAGCCAUAGCCGGCACCGUUCGCGACAAGCCUGUACCAGAGCUGGAGCAGACAUGGGACACCAUGAUGGCACAGUGGACACAGGAGGGCGAAGCUUCGACACCGGAAGCGGUGCUACGACGUGCAGUUCAAGGGGAGCCUCGUCGUGCAGAGGCCCAGCCGCCAAUUGGAGGACAUGCGCUUCCACCACCGGGCCUGACAGGCUAUCCUUUCGGUAUGCCACCUCCGAUGUUUAUGAUGCCUCCAUACAUGCCCUACCCACCGCCUACAGUGCCUGGGGAGAGCAGCCGCCCUCCUCCGGAUGUACACAUGGUCCCCGCGAAAGAGAGCCUACUUCCAGCAGGGAUCCCGCCAGGCAAUGCCACCUACAACGACAUCUACCCGCGCGAGUCAGCCCAUAUCGACGGCAACGACCGAGACCCGCCCGGCGGCAGAGGCCCCCCUCCGCCUGUUGCCGUUCGCCAUGAGAUCGACAAUAAGGUUCAACACACACGACCUGUUGAUACCAUAGAUGUUGCGUUCCCGGUAUGGAUAGCGGCGCCAGGCUACCAGCCUAAGGUCAUGCAGCUUCAGUUGGGAAUGCCGUGCGACAUAGAAGAUGCGACGGAUGUCGUGGAAAGGGCGACUAACGACAAUCAGUCGCCUUUCAGCAGCCGAGCUAUACCCGUAAGGCCUCAGCCGUUUCCUACUUGCGCGGCAUAUGUGCUUGCGCCUGACUGGACAACCUACGCUGCCCUCACGCUGGUAUGCUUGGAUCUGCGCGAUAUGUCCGACACAGGCGAAGGCCUCUACGGGACGAAGCCAGCACAAGUGUUCGUUGGAACCGAUCAGGUCUGGAGGCACCCUGCGCGGUUCCCCAAGCAAACAGGCGCCAAGGCCUCGUUAUUGCUCCUUCACGAAACAGGAGUCGACAGAAGCACUGUCGACUUUUAUGCGCCUACAGACCCCAUCCUCGAGCAUUUCCAAUACAAAGGUGUCCAGUUUGCAGUACUUGGGCAGCCUCAGAUCCCCCUCAAUGAGCUACAGAACUACGGCCCAAUAACUGCUUUGGAAGGCCGCACCUAUGUGUCAGAGCUCAUUGCACUGCUUGCCGACGUUCUUCCUGGACAUCAAUGCCUCCAGGUUGCCCAGACUCUGCCUUGCCACAUUGAUGCUGCCAAACCAGGGCACUUCAAGCACGCUUGUGGCCCGCAUACGGUUCUUGCGCGGCUCCAACGCAUCCUCUCCGAACCCAGCUCCAGCAAUAGAUCCGGCCAGGAGCUCCUCUCUAACCUGAGACGCAUAACCGUCGAAAUCGACGGCAUGUGGCCAUAUCAGAGACACCUUCGUGCACUUCCGAUGGGACCUGCCCCCGAGGAAGUUGAUGAGGAUAGUACGCCUGAAGGACCCAGAUGGGUCUCCUGCCUCAUCCUUGCCCCCGAGUAUGUCCCCGAGCAGGUAACUGUGUCUUUGCAGUUCCCUGCCGUUUUAGCGGAUUUGCUCACUUUGAUUCAGCAAGUCAGGGACCCGGACAAGGCUCGACGAUUCCCAUACUUACAUCAUGUACUUCCACAAAGGCUCACAGGCGUUGGGGUGUUUGUUGCAACGCCACAUUGGCGACGUGAUGCCCGUAUCUUGUGCAUGGAUCUCACGCGCCUUGAUGGCAGGUUGUUUGCAACUCAGGCACCGGCUUAUGCAGAUAGGUCCGUCCUUCUUGAACUUGCUGACCUUACAGACACUCCGCACAUUCAGGUCUUGGCGGGCAUCGAUAGCGUCUCUCUUCAAGGAGAUGCAAUGAUUCACGCAGCCCUGGGAACCUCGAUCACCUUUUUGCCUGCUGACCAGACUCCGGAUGCAGAGUGGAACCUGCCUACUGCCCUUCUGCGGUCUGAGGAGUGGAGGACUGAGCCCAACUGGUCGCCCCCGCACGAGGAUGCCGUGUACUGUCUGGUGUACAAUCAGAGCCACCGACGGAUCCAUGUCGACUUACAUAAUCCCCCAAGAUAUCGACAGCAACUUGCCCAAGCCAUUGACGCACAGGAGCAUGAAGUGGUUGUCACCCCUUCUGCUCCUCGGAUAAGCGACUCCGAGAUUGACGGCAUCGCCUGCCUUACUGCGAUUGCCAUUGCCAAAAGGCAGGUCCCCGACCCGGACAGGUCGCAUCUCAUUAUCUUGGACCUGCGAGCGCUUUUCGAAGGAUGGGCAACUUGGCCAGUUUGGGAUCAUCAACUUCAAAUACCUGAACUGCUACAAAGCCUGCGAAUUUCGGCACCCUUUGGUUACGACAUUACCAUUGAGGGUAUCGACAAUCAUGAAACAGAAGUAGGCACCGUACCAGGCCAGGUUUUUGUGAUAGGUUGCAUUCCAGGGCCCAUACCCUUGCCAGCGACCCACGUGCCGCGGGCCACCACAUGGAGUGAGAAUGAUCAAGGCGAGGAUGUCGUCUAUCUCGCAGCUCCGGAGGUCACAGAGGCGCUCGAGGCCAUACAACGGGCUAUGCCUGCCCUUCUGUACGGACAGCCUAUGCGGGAAGGUUCCGCUUACGCCGUCCGCCCAGAGCCAUUGCAACUGCUCGUAGCAGUGCCGGACUAUCUGCCUGAACUGCAUGAGAUUGACGUCGAGUUACCCGUCGCCAUGGAUACCUCCCUGGGACAAUUCUCCACACGUCGAUGGGAACAGGACAGGCGGCGAUUUCCCGGCCUGAUACCGGUUGCCCCACAGCCAGAUGCUAGAUUUGCCACGAUCAUUGCGCUGCCAGCGUGGCCUGCAACACAGAGAAUCAUCUUGGUUGACGCCCGCCGGUUAGACGAACGGCUGUUCGCAGUAUGCGUACCAGACCGACUUGAGCUUGGUUCCAUAUUGACACUUGCGGACGUUGAUCCCUCUCAACAGGUCAGCGUGCAUGUCGGUGACUCACCUUGGCCGCUAGAAGAAGGAAGGGCUGUACAGGUUACCGACGGUGACUUGAUUACUAUUGCCCCCAGUCCGUUUGCCAUGCCUCGGCGUGAUGUCUUACGGGACAUGCUUCGCAGCCAAGAAGGCUGGAGUGCUGAGGAUGCGUUUGCAGGUCGAUAUGAUGACCGCAUAUGGGUCGUUACCGAUACCAGUCCGAUCCUUUACGACGUAGAUCGCAGUCGCUUGCAGCACUUCCGAAGCGAUGUCGCUGCUGCAAUUGGGACCACAAGUUCUGCCUUGCGCCUUCAGCCCGUUAGGCCCCCCGUCCGAGACUUUGCAGACCUUGGCCGUUUAACCAGAUCUGUGCUGCUUGCCCUAGUUGAUGUGCGUACCGGCGAACCGAGUGCCUCAGAGGACGUUCCUUUCAUCUUGGACAUGCGGCCUGUGCACCAUAUCCUUGCAGGAGACACUCUCAUAGUCGAGUUCCUAUCACAGCAGGAUGCCAAUGCCGAUGACGGGGCUACCCAUGAUGGGGCCCCCCCACAGCUGUCCGAGGCUGCAGUAGCAUCAAAUGCAGCAGCUCUCUUCGACCCCGCGACUAGCACCUCUCCCGCCGGACAAGGAGGUGCUACAUCAACCACUGACCGAGACAAUGAAGUCUCGCAACCCCCGAGCCAACACCGACGGCUCAGCAACACGCCAAAGGUGCAACGCCUUGCAAGAAGGGUGCACGCCUAUCAGACGAUUACCGGUCGAGUAGCCAAGUGGAGCAAACGCCAAAGGGAACACGCCCACUGCACGGGCAACGUUUGCUACACCUCUGUCCUCCUGGUCCUCGUUUGUAGUGUUUGUAUGUUGGGCAACCGAGCCCUGCCCAUCUUAGCCCUCUUUGCACAGUGGCGUUAUGAGAGGCUGCGCCGGUCUGCCGAGGCCGACGAUCUUUAUGAGUAUUCGAGCUGCUUGGGGCCGACCCUCCUUGAACAGAGCGUUGCCGACCUCGGAUAUCAAAUUUUCCGCCAGCAGGCCGAUGCCUUGGAGGCCUUGCGAGCUCGCCACUAUCGCCCUCAGGGGACUCCUAUGUCCACAUACACUGUUGAGGAGCAUGUCAUCUUACCUCUGGCAGAGCUGGUUCCCGUGUCGGAGUAUCAGACACAGGUGCUACGCCUGACGGCAUUGCUCCCCUUUCUUGCUGAGGCUGGCGAAGCACUCGAUUGGCUGGAUAACAGUCUCGGCUAUCUCACACAAGAUCCCCAGGUGCCGCUCGAGCACCGCACUCGCUUUGCCAACGUCCGUACAUGGGACGAGGCCGGUCACCCCGCCCCGGAGCUUCUCAGAGUCUACACGGACGGCUCAGCAGCUCAGCUCGCCGAUAACCCCACAGCUUGUGCUUGGGCCUUUGGUGUAUGGGCUGUACUGCAGGGUGAGCUGUUACUAGUCGGUUAUGCUUCAGGCAGUGCGGUAGGAUCCACAUCUCCGUACCAUCUUGGGGAAGUUGAUGACACCCCCCAAACCUCCGAACAGCUUGCUAUUGCCUGGGCAUUAUGCUGGGUCGUCGAGUUCGGCCCCAGGUACCGUUGCCCAAUACAGGUCGACUACGACUGCUUGGUAGCAGGUCGGGGAGCCUUUGGCGUGUGGAAGGUGCCGACCAGCAGCAGUACGAAGACACCGUCAGACCUCUCUGCUUAUCUUGUACAUCUGCGUCAGCUGGCUACGACUAGGGUAGAGAUGACACACGACCACGUACCAGGCCACGCAGGACACCUCGCUAACGAGUUCUCAGAUCAACUUGCUAAGAAGGCCCGUAGACUCCCGGAGCCCGAGCAUGAUCGGAUGCUGCCUACAUGGCCUGCGCAGCUUCGAGACCAUCCCCUGCGAGCAUGGUGUUGGAUGCUGGCCGACAGCACUGGCGAUCUCCCACCGCUUUAUACAUUGGAAUCUGAGGCUGCGAGGUUACAGGCCGAUGACGCACGGCCGACUAAGGCCCCCUUCCCCGGCGCCGUAAAAUCAAUUCCCCGGACCGAAUGCGUCUAUGACUUUGCUGUCUUGACCUAUAACGUCCUUACCUUAAGGCCAGCGGCCGGCCCACAGCAACAAGAGCAAGUUGGGCUCCGAGUCAUCGGCCGCAAAGCCCUUUUGAAGCAGCAGAUCAGUGAGCUUCAUCCCCUCCUCAUCGGGCUCCAAGAAACCCGGCUGCCGCAGGACAGCAUGCAAGCUGAUAGUGACUACUGGAUUUACCAGUCGGGUGCCACACCCACUGGUCAGCUAGGAUGCGCGCUUUGGAUCGCGCAGCAUGUUCCUUAUGCACAUAAGCAGGGCCGGCCAUUGUACAUCCGCUCUUCCGAGGUUUACGUUUGCGGGGUCUCCCCCAGGCAUUUGUGCGCGUGCAUCCAAGCUGAGGCCUUAAAGUUGUAUGUCAUUGUUGCACAUGCGCCCAGCGCAAGCAGUGUGCCUCUUGCGGAAGUGAAAGCCUUUUGGGCUGCACGUGCCAAAGAUCUUGCACGCCGCCCACCGGGCCAUGACUUCCUUAUCCUCGCAGACGCGAAUGCUAGGGUUGGAAGCAUGACCUCCAUACAUGUCGGAGAUGUGGAUCCGGAGGAAGAGAACCCGGCCGGUGAGACACUACACGACUUCCUACAAGACAUUGGGGCGUGCUUGCCCACCACAUUCACUGAGGUCCACACUGGCCCCAGUGCAACAUGGGCCUCACCAGGAGGGGGAGAAUUCCGCAUCGAUUACCCCAUUGUGCCACUCUCUUGGGCACACUUCAGCCUUAGUUCCAAGGUGCUGCCUGACUUCGAACUCUUGCAGCUCAGGGACGACCACCGCCCAGUCGUACUACAAUGUCGAUGUGCUACCAAAGCCCCCCCGGCUUGCUAUGCGCCUCACCAACCCUCAGCUGCGAGGCCAAGCAAACCGACCACCGUUGCUGCUACUCGGGCCGUUCAAGCUGCGCUGGCUGGUGUACCAGCUUUCGGCUGGCAGUUGGAUGUUGACGAGCACUAUGAGCGCCUGUCCACCAGCUGGAGACAGACUGGUCAAGACCUCGACCAUGUCGACCGCCCAGCAAAGGCUGCCUCGACCCAAACUUACCUUAGCCCACACACUAGACAUCUGGUUGAAAUGCGGCAGAGCCUGCGUUGUUAUCUCAGACUAGAAGCCAAGGAACGGAAGCGUCGACUGCUUCAGUUCGGUUUUGCUGUCUUUCGGACCCAUGCACAAGGUCGGUACUUUACCGCUGCACAGUUCCAUGUCCUACGACGGUGGUUUGCCGAGCUGGACUACAGCGAGGCUGAAGCACUACAUCGGCUCCAUGUGUAUGGGUACUACAUUCGAUGCCAAGUCGAAAUAGAGCGACGGAACUACUUGGCUAGUCUUGCCGACCAAGUGCGACUACAAGAUGUCCGACACCCGCGGCCACUGUACCAGGCUGUGCGUAAGGCCUACCCAGCUGCCCGCUCCGCGCGAACUAGUGCCUUUAAGCCACUUCCUGCGGUUUGUGACGAGCAAGGGGAACUUGUAGUGACGGGUGCCGACCGCAUUGAGCGAUGGAGAAGCCACUUCGGAAGGCAGGAAGCCGGCCAUCCUGCUACAGAUGAGCAAUACAUCCAACACAUGCAAGAGUGCUCGCGCCUCUCAAAGCAGACAGUGUUUGACCUCGAUGCUGUGCCGACCCUGGCCGAGCUCGAAACCAUUGCGCAGGCCUUGCCGCCGCGCAAAGCUGCUGGAUUGGACAAGGUUGCCGGUGAACUGCUUCAAAUCCAUACGCCCACGAUGAUGCGACAGUUCUAUCCUGUGUGCCUCAAGGCGUCUCUCGCCCUGAGAGAACCGGUGCACUUCAGGGGCGGGGAACUGAUUUGUCUCGCCAAAAAGGCAGGGGCCGUUCUACAGUGCAGCAGUUUCCGCAGCAUCCUCAUCAGUAGUGUGCCCGGAAAAAUACUCCACCGGGCGCUAAGAACAAGGCUGGUGGCACUCCUCGACCAGCACAGGCCCCCGAUGCAAGCCGGAGCUGUGCCCGGGGAAGGAAUAGAACACAUAGCAUUAGCGGCACAGUGUUUUCAGCACCUCCAUCAUCAUCAUAGGCGACCUUGGGCUUUGGUCUUCUAUGAUGUGCAAGCUGCCUUCUACUCCGUUGUCAGACAGCUCGUAGUCCCAGGCGACACCAGUGAUCGCAAGUUGCUGCUAUUACUCCAUGAGCUAGGACUCCCUUCAGCAGCUAUCGAUGAGUUGCGGAACAAACUUGAGGGGCUUGCCAUGCUCCCCGCCAUGCAGGCCUCCCCACACUUGACCGCUCUUGUGCAGGACCUGUACCGAGGAACUUGGUUCAAACUCACCCAUAGCGCGAUCACUACCAUCACGAGGCGCGGGACGCGACCCGGAGAUCCAGCUGCCGACGCAGUGUUUGGAUUAGUCAUGUCAGCACUGUUACGCAGCAUUGAGGAAGUCCUGGCGACCAAUCACCUUCUGCCAGAAAAGCUGACACCCACCGAUCCUCCAACCUGGGCUGAACUGCCUAUACCUCAAUCUUGGGGUUGCCCUGCGUGGGCCGAUGACUUUGUUCAGCCAGUCGAUGGCCGCGACACGCAAGACCUCCUUGAGCGUACUCAGGCCAGCGUUGCCAUCGUAGCGGGCAGAGUUAUAGCUUUGGGGAUGCGACUUACAUUCGCAGUUGACAAAACUGCUGUUGUCCUCCCUAACUGGGUCCCUGAGGAGGCACAUAUACUGUGCGUUGAUCGCCAUGGUCAGCGCUUCAUUCCAAUAGUGAGCGGUGUGACACAGGAGUAUCACGAACUUCCUGUAGUCUCCGCUUACAAGCACCUAGGUGGCAUACUUGUUGCAGACGGGUCACCUGUUCCAGACCUCCGCUACGGGUACUCUAAAGCCAUGUCCGUCGUCCGUCCGUUACGGAGGCGUCUCUUUGCUGACAGGAACACCCCGAUAGCGACACGCCGCACUCUCCUUCGAACAUUGGCCAUCUCCAAGUUUGCCUAUUCUGCAGCCACCCUUUUUCUCCGCGCAGGGAUUCAUCAACGUCUGUGGGCUCAGCAAUACAUCUCAUUGUGGAGAUGUUUACACGCCAACGCGUCCCAUCAGAACCACGUGCAUGCCUAUCAGGUUUUGCAUUUGGCGCAGGCUCCCUCACCUCCAUUGGCUUUAGCCCGUGCGCGAGCCGCGUUCCUGGCCAGACUUACGGGCGAUGGGCCCACCGCGCUCGGAGCCUGGCUGUUUGCUCACUGGCAGCGGGCACCGAAGACCUCUUGGUUGGCGCAGCUCGAGACCGAUUACCAGGCUGUCAUUACCUUCCUGCCCGAGGUGAAAGCCUUCAUCCCAGCCAAGGACUGCGUUCAAGGCCUACUAGAGACCUUUGUUGAUAACCCCAGAUGGUGGUUUAAACAGGUCAUAAAGGCCACCAAGGUGUUCCUCCACGAUUUGCGCAAGUGGCACGCUGCUGGGGCCUGUACGCCACAUACAGCAGCUCUCGCAGCCCCAAGCAAUUUCGCCUGUCCAUUGUGCGAUGCCACUUUUGUGCUCCGGAAGCACUUGGGCGUCCACCUUGCUCGCACCCACCAGGUCAUAAGCCCCUCUCGACACUUCGCGCCGGUUGAACAUUGCCUGGCAUGCAUGCGGCAUUAUGGGUGUGUACAGCGCGUACAACAGCACCUCAAACAGUCUGCUAAAUGCCUACUUAGGGCGGCACAUGUCAUACCUCCUCUCUCCCUUUCCGAUGUCAGGCAGGCCGAGUCCUUGGCCAAGUCUCAAGCAGCCAGAAUCAAAAAGGGGGCCUGGAGAGAGUAUGUUCCACCUUGCGCAGCCGCUUUGGCGUAUGGACCUCGCAUCCCUACAGGUCCGGAAAGGCUCACUGGACUUCCCGAUGAUGAUGAGGACCUUCCCCUUUCUGGGCUCCGCCCUCCUUACACACCUCCUGCAAGCGUUGUGGCUUGGAUCACUGACUACAUAGGAGAGUCCUCCAAGGAGGGGCCCAGGGCUGCCACAGUUUCAUUUUGGGGCUCUCGCCCCGGUUUCACCGCUUAG